GAGAUCGCCGGCGAGAUCAAAAAGCUCAAGGCCCGGGCUAUUGAGAUAAGCAAGAAGCAAAAGAAGUACAAAAUUGACCGCCCGUCAUCUGACUCUACCACCUGUGAUAUUGAUCCCAGGUUGCACGCACUCUAUGAGGAUGUUGGUAAGCUUGUGGGCAUUGACGGUCCUAUGAAGCACAUCAUUGAGGGGCUAAAAAAUGAAGAUUCAUCUUCUAAGCAGCUUCACGUGCUGUCAAUUGUUGGUGCUGGUGGUCUUGGUAAGACUACUCUCUCUAAGGCAGUCUACCAAACCAUCAAAAGGCAAUUCGAUUGUUCAGCUUUCGUGUCUGUUUCUCGAAAGCCUAACAUGAGAAAUGUUCUAAGAGAAAUCGCUAAAAGGUUGGAAAUUACUCACAACAUUUCUGAUGAUAGCGAGCAUCUACUUAUUGAUACACUUCGAGAGCACCUCGAGAACAAAAAGUACCUUGUUGUGGUUGAUGAUAUAUGGAGCACAGAAGCAUGGAAAACAAUAAGAGAUGCUUUACCAAAUAAUGACUGGGAGCAGAAUUAUCCUACAACACGCAAUAGUACAGUUGCAUCACUUUGUUCUCCUCAAGGCGAUAAUGCCUAUAGAAUGGAACCACUUAGUGCCGCUGACUCCCGAAGACUAUUUCUUGAAAGAGCAUUCCGUUUUGAGGAUUUACUCCCUCCCACUCUAGAAGAAAUAUCUAAGAAAAUAUUGGAAAAGUGUGCAGGGCUUCCGUUGGCUAUUAUUACCUUGUCUAGUAUGCUGGCUGAUAAACCAGCAGAAGAAGCAUGGAAGAGGGUGCUUGAUGCUAUUGGUUCUUCACUUGCAAAAGAGGCUGUGGUCAUGACGAAGAUAUUAUCUCUCAGUUAUUUUGAUCUUCCUCACCAUCUCAGAAGCUGCUUGUUGUAUCUGAGUGCAUUCCCAGAAGAUCAUAUCAUCGACAAACGGAGUCUGAUACAUAAAUGGAUCGCUGAAGGAUUCAUCCAUGAAGCACAAGAGAGGAGUGCAUAUGAAGUAGGUCGGGAUUAUUUGAAUGAAUUGAUCAACAAGAGCUUGAUCCAGCCAAUAGCAAAUCAUCAAUCUGACGAGUUGUAUGAUGAGGUCGCAGCAUGCCGGAUUCAUGACAUUGUUCUUGAUUUCAUAACAUGCAAGGCCGAAGAAGAAAACUUUAUGACAUCAUUGGACGAUGGAAAGAAGGAGGAGAGACACAAGGUUCGCAGGCUCUCUGUGGUGAGCCGCACUAAUGAAAUGGAUUCUGUGUCAGGGGAUCUCUCCCAUGUUCGAUCACUUGCUAUGUUUGGGUAUUCUGCGUUGCAAUUUCCAGCUAUUGGUGUGUUGGAUUUCCCAGUUCUUCGUGUGUUGGACAUAGGAGAAUGUGAGAUUGUAAAAGGUGAGCAAAUGGCAAAUAUUGAAAAGUUACUUCUUCUCAAGUACUUGCGUGUCGGAGCAGGAUUGAUAAGUACUACCGAGCUUCUAGGAGGAAUUGGAAAACUGAAGUAUUUAGAAACACUGGACAUGCGUGGUGUCGAAAUUGCAAAACUGCCGUCAAGUAUGACACGGCUUCAAAGGUUGGUCCGUUUAUAUGCUCACUUCAAGACUAGCUGUUUAUCAGAUGGAGUUAUAGGACAGCUAAAGAGCCUAGAAGAGCUAGAGCACAUUAUGGUCCUUGACUCUGAACUUGACAAGUUUCUGCAGGAACUUUGUCAGCUAACCAAGCUAAGGAUGUUGAGUGUAACUGUGAUAGACAAUCUGAUUCUGUGGAAAACAAGGCAGUUGUAA